AUGAAAUAAUAAUGGAAUGAUAUUAACGAAGAUGUUAACAUGAUUACUAUACUAAAAUCGAAAUUUAAACAGACCAGUCCUACUCAAAUCUAUUACUAGUCCUACGAUCAGGAAGGAUUGUUGCUUAAAGACAAGAUAGUCUACAAAGGAAUACUUCGGAAUUACACUUUUGUCUUAUAACGAAAAGAAAAAAACGAAUUCAUACUAGACUUUAAUCAAUACCCUAUUUAAUUAUCCAUACUUUCCAAUGAUGUCUUUUAAUUAUCGGUUUUAAGUUAUUAGUUUUAGUUCCAAUCUCUCACCAAUAGCAAACAAUGGAUUCUCUCACUCAACUACUAUAUUAACACAUCCAAACCUUACUGUUUUCAAACCCCUUUACCUAAUUUCUUCCUUUAGCAUACAAUCCCCUUUGAUAUUUUUGAAAAGAGAGCUGAGUCCUUGGAUUUACUGCUCUUUAAAAAUAAAUCUAUAGCUUGCUAACUCUAAAGAUUGAUAACAAAUAGUGAAUAUGAUCAUGUUGCUCUACUUUUAAGAAAUAAUAAAAAUCUUCUUCAUGUAUUUGAAGCCAAUAGCGACGACGGUGUCUGCAUAUACACUUGGGAUGCCCUGAUGUAGAGUAAUUUUAAAGAUUACGUAACACAAAUUAGUUUUAGAUAAUUAUACACUAAGAGGGACAUGACAUUGCUCUUAAAAUUAUAGGAUUUCGUUUAUAAGAAUCAUGGCAAGAAAUAUUCAGCCAACAUAAUGAAGCUUUGUAAGAAAAGAUCAAUCACGGGAGUUGAGAAGGAAAACUAUUUUUGCUCAGAAUUGAUAGCUGCAUGUUAUAAACAUAUAGGAAUAAUGGAAAACGAUAUAUCAUCAUGCUAAUUUUGGCCCAAGGACUUUGCAGGUAAUAUAAAAUUAACCAACGCUUAAUUAAGUCACGAGAUUAUAAUUUUUUAAUGA